UUCCCAGGCGAGUUUAUAAGAAACAUCUAACUAUGCUUGUGCAUCUCCAUGAAAUGAUGAUUAAUACCAACGAUGAGAUUUCAAAGCAAGAGAAAGCUAACAAGGAAAAGGCUAACAUACAAGCGCAAAGGAAGGACAGUAAGACAACCACAUACUCCCUGGGUGGUCAAGCCUGGACUGCUCUUGGAGUUUUUUUAAUGGGAUAUUGUAACACUGGUGUAUACCAGUUACCCCUGUUUCAUGGAGCACCUAGCAAGAGUAUUUUGACUGCUUUAUCCCAAGGAGAGUGCCACAGUGUCAUUAAGGAUCUCAUGGACAGUAAGUCUAUCCAGUUGGUGAAAGGUGCAUCUGUGAUUGUAAGAAUUGCAGAUGGAAGACGGGAUGAAGAACUCCAAAUAUUCACCAACAGGGAUAUUGAUCAGUCUUUUCUUCCUGUCGAUGAACUGGAUGCAUACAUGGCAGAACCUAAAAGAGAUGCCAUCUCAAACUUAGUACUACAUGGAAAAGCUGAAGAAUCAGUUAAAAUACAGCUAGCCUACAGAUUUAAACAGCUGAUCUAUAAAUCUGCGGCAAGCCAUUCCACUGAUAAUUUUGUUGCAAGUCAAAUGACAACAUCCAAAGACUCCAUGGACAGAAAUACAAUACCUGUCAUGAGAAUCAACAAACCUACAGGGCAGAAACAACUUGCUGAGGCACAGGGACAAAACCAACAUGUCACGUCACCAUGGAAUGAGAGUGCUGAAUCACACGAAGCUUUCGCUACAGGAAGAUCUGUGCCUGAAGGCAGUAGCCAUUUUCAGUUACCAACUGCUCUCUAAAGCGCUAGAGAGCACUACUAGAAACAAAAACAAAAUAGACCAAAUGUUUUUAUUAAAAUGACAGACAAUACAGCAAGCCCCAUCUACCUUGAUACAUUUCUAUAGAUCAAUUAAAAUGUCUUAUUUCUUUGUAAAUCGUGUUGUAUUUGUUACGUUGAUUUGUAUUUUUACAGUCUCCACAUUAUGCCAGAAGACUUCAAAAUCUCAAUUGUCAAAGAAUAGCUCCUAAUCUGAGUGACUGCACUUUUGGUAAAAUCUCUGUGGGAGCUUUGCCUCAACAUUUUUUCUAGUAUACAAAUGCUAUUGUCAAUAGACAGACACUAUAAUUAGAUACAGCAAUUCCAUCCUACUUCCCAACAACUCAUUCAAUGCUUUUCUGGGCUGCAACUGUUUCAGAAUUGACUACAUAAUUUUCUUGAAUGCAAUGUGCACUUAACAAAUAAACAUGGUUGAAGUCAGCAUACCUAGCUUUGAAAUACAUGUAUUUAUAUAACUUAAAAUGUGACAUAUCAUUUAGCUAAU